CAACUGUCAAAGAAGUGUCAAAAACGAAACCGGACAAUUUUUCUUUGCACUUUUUUGGAUAAUAUUGUGUUAAAAACCCUUUGAAAGAGCACGGAACAGAAUUAAAAGACAUUUCAACAACUCAUUUAAUGACAAGAGAUUAAUUUUUUGGUUUUUUGGAACAAAAAGGCGAAAUGUCAUACAGAGGCGGGCGAUAUAAUUCGUCGGGAAAUCGACGAGGCAGCUACAACAACAACAAUUUUCGUAACAACAACAAUUCGCGACGCGAUUCAAGCGGAUUUCGCAGUAGAUCUGACAAUAGUUCGCGUUCACGGGACAAUAGUUUCGACAGUCGUCGAAGAUUGGGCAGCGAUGAUAGGCGUCGAGGAGGAGAUGAUUUCAAGCAACAGCGGUAUGAUAACAAUCGACGCGAAAGACGGGAUAGUUUUAGCUCGAAUAGCAGCGGAAACAGUCGAGGAAUGAAUCGACGCAAGUUUAAUGACAGAAAUAAUGAUCAAUCGCCAAGACGACGUGACAAUUUCAACAAAUUUGGGCGCGAUAGAAACGAUCAAAAGGAUUUCCGUCGUCGAGGUCUCGAUAGACGAAACUUUGGCAACGACAGACGAGGCACGCAUCACUCAAGCGAUCGAAACAGUUCAAGCAGCGGACAAUACCAUCGCAAUCGAUCGUCGUCGUCGGGAAAUAGUGAUCGCGACAAAAUGCCGCCGCCCAAAAACUUCCCGAGACGCGGCGGAAUGAGAGAUCGCCUUGGUCGACGUACCCUUUUGGGGCGCAACAACAGUAGCGACAACAUGCGACGCGAUUCAAAAGUGUCUCUCGUUCACAAACGUCUCGCGGAGAAGCAUUCAAGACCCGAUCGGGCACGCGAAGUUAUCAAUAAGCGCAUUAAGAUGGCAAAGUUACGGAGCGCCGCAUUGAACAGGCAACGUGUCACGAAACUCGCCAAAUUGCGAGCGAUCAAGAGAGCCAAGUUGACAUCGUCGUCGACAUCGGGAGGGAAUAAGAGCUCGAGUGUCGAUUCUCGUAGCAAGAAGCAAUCGGAGUCGAAGGAUAAGGAUACAGCUGACGAAAUGUGGGACGACGACGAGAAACAGAUUCAUGAGGAAGAAAUGGCAGCGAAAAAGGCAGAAGAAGCGUUACAUGGUUCGGGCGAUGACGCAACGAAGAAGAAAACUUCAACUGCGGUAACUGUGAAGAAGGAACGAAAAGAGAGCGAAAAAUCAGAGCUCGAUACAUCCACAAAAUCAUCAGAGUCGAAACGCGUCGCUCUCAAUUUGACUUGUGUGCAUUGCAAAUCCAAAUGCCAAACGCCGAUGGAAUACAAAGUACAUUUGGAUGGCAUCUUACAUCAACAAGCCAUGCGUAAAAUCUCGAUUAAACAACAAGCAAUUCUCAAUCGCAUGCGAAUGGAACAACGAAAUGCCCAAAAGGAAGCUGACGAAUCUGUCGACAAAGAUGCCCGUUCAAAGCACUGUCAACUUUGUCGCUUGUUCUACAAACAGACGAAGGAAGAGCAUCAACAAUCGGAAGACCAUCAAAGCAUCCGAAAAUUUUUGCUGCCCUAUUGCGCUGUUUGUAAAAUAAGCUACAAAGGCUUCAUGGCAUACGAGAUUCACCGUUCGUCGAUGUUACAUUUACGCAACAAAGCAAAUUUAGACAAGAGCGGAAAGAUGCCUGAAGACGAGGAAACCGAAUUGGAUCUCGAUAACUUCACGACAGUGGAUGAGGUUGGAGAAAUCGAUGGCGAUGAUGAAAAUGGAAUGUUGGAAUCCCAAACGACAGAAAAUGAUCAUGAAAGCGGCGAUGAAGAGCCUUCUGACGUGAAUGUCGGCGCUGAACACAUUAAACAAGUGCAAGUAAGUUGGUGCGAAUUGUGUCAUCAGUACCUCAGUCAUCAAACGAAGGAUCAGGAACGAACUUUGAGUCGUCAUUGCGCGAUGAGAUCUCAUUUGCGCAACUACAUUCGAUACAAGGAUCAUUUAGUAUUGAGUGCGCAACAGAGAGAACGAACUGAAAAACGUAAAGCGAAGCGAGAAGCUGAAGAAGCCGCUAAAAAAGCAAAAGAAAAUGGAACUCAUGAGGAAAAAGAAGAAGAUGUAGAAAUGAAAACAGAUGAAGGUACUCAAAAAGACAGUUCUGAGACAGGAAAUGACGAAAAUUUGAAUGAAAGCUCGACUACUGACAACGGGGAUACUCUCGAUAUCUCAAUAAAGAAGGAAAAAGACGAUUCCUUUGCAGCUGCGGAGGAAGAUGAAGCCGUAACAGCUUAAAUUUCUCUACAAAAUCGAUCAAAUGUCACAAAAUUUCGAUUUUUUCUCUCAGGAUUUGUCUCAUAAAAUAACACUUUCACGACAUUUGAUCGAUUUUUCGUCCAAAAUUUGCCAGGCGAUCCUUAUACUAAACGUAUAUUACAAAAAAAACCUUUAUUAUGUAUUAAGUAAUCCUAAUAAUAAAAGAAAUAACAC